ACUCUGAUGCCAUUUCGGAUGUCCCAGUGAGAACGCUCAGAAAUGCCUAUUGUCUCGGGAGGCAGCAACCAGGACUAUAGUAACAUUAGCUACGGUUCUUGUAGUUCCUUGACCCAUCUGUUCCCUAUCUCUGUUGACACCCCUUCUGUCAAAGGGGUCCACUAUCAAAGGGCAAGGAGGAUUUACCACCCUGAUCAGCUCUGUACAGUUGAUGUGAAGAGGGAGAUCAUAAUAAAUGUUGGAGGAAUCAAAUACCUGCUGCCUUGGAGCACUUUAGAUGAAUUCCCACUGACCCGGCUAAGCAAGCUAAAGUUUUGUAGCAGCUACGAUGAAAUUAUUCAGCUGUGUGAUGAUUAUGAUGAAGACACCCAUGAGUUCUUCUUCGACCGGAAUCCCAGCGCUUUUGGGAUGAUCGUCAGCUUUCUAGCAGCAGGGAAGCUGAUGCUCUUCCGAGACAUGUGUGCCUUGUCAUUCCAGGAGGAGCUGAGAUACUGGGGAAUUGAAGAAUCCAACUUGGAGAAAUGCUGCUUCCGAAAACUGUUUCAAAAACUGCAGGAGCUGGCAGAGAUGCACAAGGAGGAAGAGAUGCAAAUGAGUAAAGAGACCACAUGUGUCUUGGUUGAGGAAACACAAUUUGGACAAUUUAUGAAUAAACUCAGGGAUAUGGUUGAAAAUCCCCAGUCAGGACUCCCAGGAAAAGUCUUUGCUUGUCUCUCCAUCCUCUUUGUGGCUACCACAGCUAUAAGCCUUUGUGUUAGCACAAUGCCGGACUUAAGAGCCGAAGAAGACAGGGGUGAAUGUUCUCAGAAGUGCUAUUACAUCUUUGUCAUCGAGACCAUCUGCGUGGGUUGGUUCUCGCUGGAGCUCUGCCUCCGAUUCAUUCAGGCGAAGAGCAAGUGUCACUUCUUCAGAGGCCCCCUAAAUAUCAUUGAUUUCUUGGCUAUUUCACCGUAUUAUGUUUCCCUCAUAGUGCUAGAUGACGAGCCAAAUGAGGAGGCCGAGAGGCCGAGCACCAACUCAUAUUUGGAGAAGAUUGGACUGGUGCUACGAGUCUUACGUGCCUUGAGGAUCUUGUAUGUAAUGCGCCUUGCCAGGCACUCAUUAGGCCUGCAGACUUUGGGGCUCACGGUUCAAAGGUGCACCCGAGAAUUUGGCCUGCUUUUGCUCUUCUUGUGUGUAGCUGUCACCCUGUUUUCUCCCCUGGUCUACCUGGCUGAGAAUGAAUCUGGGAAGGUCCUUGAAUUUACAAGCAUUCCUGCCUCAUACUGGUGGGCUAUCAUCUCAAUGACCACUGUGGGAUAUGGAGAUAUGGUACCAAGAAGUGUCCCGGGCCAGAUGGUGGCGCUGAGUAGCAUCCUCAGUGGGAUUCUAAUUAUGGCUUUCCCAGCAACCUCGAUAUUCCACACUUUCUCCCAUUCCUAUUCAGAGUUGAGAAAACAACAUGAAAGAUUACAGUCCCGGCUAAAAAGGAUAAAAAACACCAAUCAUUCCGGUGAAAUUGAUACCUUCAAUGAGACAGACAGCUUGAUUUCAGAGAUGCCAACGUCACCGAUUAAGUACAUUUACACAGGAAACUAAGGCUUGCUGCAAAAUAUGUCUGAGUAUAUGAAUAAAGCAAAGCAACAACAUGGGGGACUUACCAUGUGCAAUGCAAUUGC